AUGGCUCAUUCAAAACGCAACACAUCCCUUCCGCACUUCACCUCCUACGAGCGUUCCCUCCUCCGCACAGCCUGGGGCACUCAACGCGGCGUCAUCGGCCGAGACUCCUUCCUCCCCUUUGGAUCCUGCCGUCUAUGUCUACACCCAUCGCGCACGCCUAGCGUAGCAUGCGCCACGAAUGGCGACUUAUUCUGCCGCGAAUGCGCUAUAAACGAUCUUCUUGCUCAGCGAAAGGAAAUUGCAAGGCUGGAAAAGGAGCGAGAGGAGGCGAGGAAGAGGCUUGAAGAGGAAAGCGGACGCGAACUUGAGGAGGCGAGGGGGAGAGAGGUUAGGGAGUUCGAGAUGGUUAGCAUGGGGUUUGAUGAUUGGGGCAGGGCGGGAAAUAAGAAGAGGAAGGCGGAUGGGGAUGCUGGGGUCGAUGACGACGAAAUCUGGGAGAGGGUCAAGAAGCGAGAGGUUGAUGUUGGAGGAGGGGUGAGAAAGCAAGUGUUUGAGUUGGACGAUAAAACGGUAGAGGGCGUCAUGAGAAGGGAGAGGGAGAGGUUGAUGGAGGAGAUAAGGAGAGAAAAGUCGGAAUCAAGCAAAUCAGCGCUUCCGUCAUUCUGGAUUCCCUCGUUGACGCCAGGUACGGAUCCCAACGAGAUUGCCGCGAACAAGACUGUCAAGCUGAGCCCAAUAUGUCCUGGUUCGACGGAAUCGAAUAAACACGGGUAUUCGCUGAAAUCGCUGGUCGAUGUGCAUUUCACUGAAGAGGCUGGUGCUGAUGGAGCUACCGUGCGGGUGUGUCCGAGCUGCAAGAAGACCUUGACGAAUACAGUCAAGGCGAUGCUAAUGGCCGUGCUGAUGUUCGCCAUGCUGCUAGUGACGAAACCCUGCGGCCAUGUCAUAUGCAAGCCCUGCGUAGAUAAGUUUAUGACGCCCCAUGAUGCGCCGGAUCCACAUGCAACGAAAGAGGAGCAGGAGAAAACGGCUGAACUGCAUGGCCGGGUGCUGUGCUAUGUGUGCGAGACAGACCUUACGCCGCGCGACCCAGCACGGGACGAGAAGGCUGCGGCGGGAGAGAAAAAGAAGAAAAAGAAGAAGGAUAAGGAAGGGAUUCAGCCUGGUUUGGUGGAACUAUCGUCCGAGGGAACGGGGUUUGCAGGACGAGGAGGCAAUGUUGCGACGAAAGCGGGCGUCGCCUUUCAAUGCUAG